ACCGGAAAUAAGGCAGAAGAAAACAAAUAAAGAAAAGUUGACAGUUGACAUUCACUUAGUUGACAGUUCAAGUCGUAUCAUAACACAAAACUUGUUUCCGAUAACAAAUUAAUUAUACGCUCUACCGACAUUAUACGUUAGCUCUAUUUUCGAAAUGAGAUCUGCCUGAUUUACCAAUCAUCAAAAGGCAUUAUGCCGAGCAGGAAGUGGGUCAUACUGAUGCAUAUCUUGGUGGUCCUGUUGACUGUACAUGUACAUGUAUCUCUAGUGAAUGCCGACUUUCAAUCAGGAUUGUGUUCAUUAGAAUCUGCAGUGGAACUUUCAAGGGACUACGGGCUGAUAUCUGGUUCUGCUUUUACCCAGAAAACCAACAAGCCAUGUGGAGUGUGGCAUAUCAAGUCACCUAGUCUUCAGAAAGUUACAGCAAAAAUUGUAUUGAAAGGUUUUGACAAGGAAGCCUGUAGCUCUGGGUAUGCACUUCAACUGGGUCCAGACCCAUUUGUGUCUGCCUGCAACUUGGUCAAGUCCAAUAAUGGGACAAUAAUGUAUCGGUCUUCAGUCGGAGAGAUUUGGGUGGUGUACAUGUAUCUCCAAGGGUCUGUCAAAAGACUCAAAGAUCCAGAUUUUCUUCUGGAGUAUGUAACAGAUGACAGUGCGAGCUGCAAGCACUACUGCAUUGAUGGUUCCUGUGUGCUGGACCACUGGCUGUGUAACGGAGUGAAGGAGUGUGACCGAGGGGAGGACGAGCAACAGUGCUUAGCCCCAGCCAAUACAGUGACCAGUAGCCCAGUGAUCCCGUGUGUGCGUUGCUACCUCAAUGCUGCCCAGGGCGUGGUCUGUGUCCCCAUGGCCCUGCUCUGUGACGGGAGAUCUGACUGCAGUAACGGGCAGGAUGAGGAUGAAGCCUUCUGUUCAAAUCUGCGCCCCACAAUGUCCCCCAGUCCCAUUCCCACUCAAUCCCCACAAGUGACCCCUUCAGAGUUCCUUGAAGCAUGUGCGUAUGGGGAGAUCUACUGCCAACAGGUGAACCAGAGUCAGUACUCGUGCCUGCACAAUGCACUCAAGUGUGACGGUGUGGUCCACUGCAGCCAGGGGCAGGAUGAGGAUCCCGCAAUAUGUGGGCCAAUCCAGCUGUGUAACAGAAGGUUGGAUGACAGUUGGGGCUGGUUUGCCUCCCCUCUUUACCCACAGCCAUACCCACCUAACUCCAACUGCUCCUGGGUCAUUCACCAACUUGGAACACCAGGUGGGACAGUGAUUCAGCUGCGUGUUGUGAUGUUCACACUCAGUAUGACAGACCAGGAUGUCUUGACAAUCUUUGAUGGGCCAGACUCUUCGUACGCAGUGCUUGGCUCCUACAGCAAACUGAAAACCCCACCUAGCCUUAUAGAGAGCUCCGGCAGCUGGCUUAAUGUUGUUUUCCACUCAAAGUCUGGGUAUUCAGUUCCGGGAUUUAACUUUACAUAUCAAUUGAAAGGUGUGUGCUUGCCUGAUCAGCAUAGAUGUAGGAUGGAGAACGAUUGCUACUCUGAACAACAGAGGUGCAAUGGAGUCUGGGAUUGUCCAGUAUCCGGCAUUGAUGAGCUUGAAUGCCCGAAUUGUCAAUACAGAGAUCAACACUACUGUGGGUUGCAAACUCAGUGCUACAAAUUCUCAGAGAGAUGCAACGGAAUUGCCAAGUGCCCCAACUACGCCGAUGAAAAUGGAUGCAGUCCCAAUCAGUGUGGUUCUCAGAAUGGCACUUUCCUGUGUGACAACAGGCGGUGUAUCUAUGAGAGCUGGACAUGUGAUCACCAUGACGACUGUGGGGACAUGAGUGACGAACAGAACUGUUCAGGCCUGGGCACCACUAAGCGUGUAAUCAUCGCUGCCAUCUGCGGCUCAAUGAUCUGCGCCCUGCUGCUGGUGAUCCUGGUAGGCUGCUCUUGCAAGCUGUACAGCCUGCGCACAAUGGACUACAGCCACCACCCGCGCCACGAGUCCCCCAUGAGCCGGCUGUAUGCAGAGCUGCUGCGCCGCAGGGCGCCGCCCCCCUACCACGAGGCCAUGCUCACGUCCAGGAACUUUGAUGAGGUGCAGCAGGAGUACAUGGAACAACUGAGGAAUGCUGCCAGCAGACGAGCCCCGCGCGGAAGAUCAGGUCGGGGCAACAGGAGACGAUCGUCAAGAGUCAGACAAGAUUCUGGUUCAAAUGAGAGUGUGGAAAAUAGUGGUGACAAUCCAAACCAGGGCGUAAAUAAUGAGGGUGACAAUAGUAAUUAUGCGUCCAAUAGCCUUCAAUUGUGUAGCAUUCAUGAGGAGAAUGAGACAGAGACCCUGGAUCAUAAUGGCAAUGAGUCCUCAACCUCAACAGCUGAUCUCCUGCCGUCCGACAGUGAGUCGGACUACACUGAUUCUGGGGAAGACAUCGAUUCAAAUGUUGACUAUCAUCUUCAAGAUGAAGGUAAUAGCGGUGAAAGUGGGAUAAAUGCUAAUGGUCUAGACAAUCAAGGUGUAGACAAUGACGGCGAAAAUGAUGAUGGCGAUGAUGACAACAUUCUGAACUCAGAGAGUCUUUCAGCGAGGUGGCAAAGAAAUGUAGACAGUGAUGACACAUCAGAUGAAGAGUGUCUUCUAGCAGAUGACUUUGAGCUUGACAGAAGAACUGACCUUCACAUCCAACAAGGUCAGUAUAACCAUGAUUGUGAUAGCCUCGAUACCGAAGCAAGUGCGUCAAUUUUAAGUAUGGAUACACAAGAAACUGGAGUCCAAGAUGGGGACGGAAACAAGGAAAUUGACAAUGAAGUGAAUGGUGAGUCCGAAAAUUCACGAAAUUCAACGCCAAAACCAGAGAACUGCCAUUCUAAUCUUCUUAUAUCUGGACCCGGGGAGUCAAUGUUGAUGAGGGUUCAUUCUCAUUCCUCCUUGAAUUCGGAGGGCUCAGAGACGUACAGUGACAGCGAUGUGCCUUUACAACGGAUUGGAUCCUUCUAAUGUCAGCUUGAACAUUCCUGGUGACUUCCUAACGUCCUUAACGUCGCUUCACAGUAGUGAAGGAAAUGUUUAAAUGUAUUUUUCUGUUUUAUUAUUUAAAAUCUUGAAAAAAUCUCAAAAUUGAGUUUUCAAUGAAGCCUUUUUUAAUUUUCUAUUGUUUUUAUUUUAUUUUAUUCAGUAUUUUCUUUUGAUAAAUUGUUAAAAUAAUUAAUGACAUCAUCAAUUUUAAUAAUCAUACUAAAGCCUUUUUUUUUUAAAGAAAUAUCUUAGAAAUGGAACUAAAAUUUUAAUAUUCUGCUGCUAUUGCUACGGAAACACAUAUCAUAGGAUGUAGAUUGCUUUUAGCUUUUAAAGGAAUAUUUCUACCUUUACUAUUAAUUUAUACAAUCAAUCUAAUGUUAACUUUAUAGCAUGCAUAGUUGAUUUGCACCUACACAUUGUUCACAGCUGGUAUCCCACAUUGCUCAAACCUCAGGAUCUUUUUAUGAUCACAACUUUCGUCAAACAUAUUUAAUUCAUUCCCACUGUUUUGUCUCUGUGUGUGUUUAUUUUCUGAAUUGACCAAAUAUACAAUCAUUAUUGUACCUGCUUUUCUGUUUGUCAAAGAUUGUUUACUUAAGAUUUGGAGCUAAUUGAUUGGUUGAUGCUACCAUUAGUUAAAUGCCCAGGGCUCAGCAGUGAGGGCAAAGUGGGUGAUAACUUCGCCCAGGACAUAUUAACUUCGCCAUUUAAUAACAUAUAGAAGAGUUCGACUUCUUCUUUUAAUGAUUUUGUUUGUGGCAGAAAUUAACUGAUUAAAAUCAAUAAGAUGUGGUGAAUGGCUUAUCAUUAAAUGCCACAAUAACACAACAUUUACACUUAAGUGUAUUUUUUUUAUAUAUUUGUUUUAUAUUCUCCCCCAAAAUGCUGAACAGAAACCACUUCUCCUUUAAGUGUCCUGACUUCUCCCAAAUUUCAGUUGGGGAGAAGUCAUUUCUCCCUGAAAUUUAAAGUUAGGCUGUGCCCUAAUGCCACUAAUAAAUAUCCUCUCAAUCAUUGGUCGACAGGUUGCAUCUGGUGAAUUAUGUAAUGAUAUUAAUUACAAUGGUGCAGACCAUGCCCCGUGUUCAUAAAACAUUUUUUGCAAUGGAAACUCGAUUUUGCUUGUCAUUGAACAUGGAUUUCCAUUGUAGUUGAUUGGCAAAAAUGAAAAUCGAUGUCAGUUAAAAUUGAUUUUCGAUUGCAAAAUCGUUUUGUGAACAAGGGGCCAGAUUUGGAAACGUUUACACUAACAAUGGGUUGCCAUCUUUUCUGUAGUGUUGUGCCAAAUGUUUAUGCGUAUUUUAUGCAUGUAAAGUUGCUUAAUGUUUUAUAAUUUAUGCAAACAAAUAUUUAGUGCUUAUCGUGGAAAAUAUUAAUUGUGAAUUUUUUUCCCUUUAUUUAAGAAAAUUUCUGCUUUUAGAGCAAUGUUAUACUUUAAUUUCUAAGCAGUUUAGUUGUCAUGAGACUAUUUAUUCUCUAAUAAUGUUAGUCUGCAGUGUAGAUGUUUUAUUUCUCCUUUUUUUGCUUAACUUAUAUACUGUUUUACACAGACAACUUUUUUAACAAUUUAUCGCACCCCUAUUUUUUAUUGUGAUUAUUUGUAAAGCUUAUUUUAUUUUGGGUAUUCAGACUGUGUUUUUUGUUGUUAAUGUUGUAUGGUCCUGUGUUAAAGAGUUUUGUGAUGUGAGUCAGUUGUUACACAUAAAUUGUUGUAUUUUAGUAACUGCACAUAUUAUACUGAAUGCAUCUACAUAUACUGCUUUUGUUUGAUGAUCAUGUUAAGCGUUUUGGGGCAAAUAUGGUUGAUGGUAUAUAUUUAAAAAACACACUCUUUGUUAAGGCAAAAACAAACAUACAGUGUUCUUGCUACUGAUCUGAUUUCUGUUUGAGUGAGGUGCACUUUAUUUAAACAAAUAGCUGCCUAUUAUCGAGUUAACAUACUUUAACUUUCAUUAUUCAAAUUAAAAAAUUAGCCCUUUAAUAU